GGGCGCCCGGCCGGGCGCUGGGCCCCGCGGGAGGACAGGGGCGGACAGGCCUGCGCGGAGCCGCAGGGGGGCGGCCCGGAGCCAGCGGCGGCGGAGGGCCCGCAGCCGAGCCACUCAGCAGAGGGGGGCCUGCUGCAGCCGAGUGCGGCCGCGCAGGCAGGUGCCGCGGCGGAGCCUCCUCUGGGAGCGGCGCAGAGGCGCGACGAUGAGGAGACCACGCCCGAGUCCGACGCCAGAGCGGAGGUAGCCGCGGCAGCGCCGCGGGCGCUCCCCGAGCGCGCGGCAGAGGCCGAGCGCAUGGCGGAGGCCGAGCGUGCGGCACAGGCCGGCCGCGAGGCGGCGGAGGCCGAGCACAAGGCCGCGGAGUCCAAGCGCGUAGAGCGCAAGGCGGAGGCGGCGCGCGUGGCAGAGGCCGAACGUAAUGCGGAGGCCCAGCGCCGCAAAGCGGAGGCCGAGCGCGUGGCACAGGCCGGCCGCGAGGUGGCUGAGGCCGAGCGCAAGGCGGAGGCCAAGCGCGUGGAGCGCAAGGCGGAGGCGGCGCGCGCGGCAGAGGCCGAACGCAACGCGCAGACCCAUCGCCAGGCGGAGGCCCAGCGCAAGGCGGAGGCCGAGCGCAAGGUUGAGGCCCAGCGCGAGGCGGAGGCCGAACUCAGGGCGGAGGCCGAGCGCAAGGCGAAGGCCGAGCACGUUGCAGAGGCCGCGCCAGCGUCCCCGGCGCGCCGGCGCGGGGGGCUGGGCGCGGGCGGGGCGGCCGGGCUGCUCGAGGAGGCCGCGGCGGUGCUGGGGUCCGUGGAGCCCGCCGGGGAGCUCCGCGGCGAGGUGUGCGAGCUCCUCGCGCGGCUGGCGCGCGGCUCCCGCGGGGGCGGCCACGACCUGGAGAGGUGGCUGCGCGCGCGGGCGCCGCAGUGGCUUCCGCGCCUGGACGCCCUGGCGGGCCAGCUGGAGUCCGAGGCGUGGGCGUUUGAGGCGCGGGCGCAGCAGGUGGACCCCGAGGGCGUGCUCGACGACGCCCGCACCGUAUGCUCCGCGGCGGGGCCCGCCGUUCAGCGGAUGCAGACCGAGCUGGGGGCGGCUGCCGCUACGAGGGCGCUGACCUUGAAGGACGAGCUCCAGCAGUUCGCGUCCGAUGCGGCCUCGGGCGCGUGCCGCGGGGGGCCGCUCGCCGACCCGGGCCUGGCGGAGGCCGCCUCGGAGCUCUGGGCGGGCUUCGGCGGCAGCUCGGAGGGGUACGCCGCCUUCGUGGAGGAGGCCGCUGGAGCGCCCUGCGCCGGCGAGGCCCUGGGCGCGGGCGCGGCGUGGCGCCGCCUGCUGGCCGAGGUCGAGGUCGCGUUGCUGCUCGCGCACGCGGGCGGCCAGGCUGCGGCCUGCAUCGGCCUGGCGCAGACGCAGGCACAGAACGGGUCCUCCAGCGGCAGCCCCCACCUCGAAGACACGGUGGCCAAGAAGCUCAUGAUGAGCGUCGUGCUGCCGCCCCUGCAGCGCCGCGCGCGCUACGCCGCCGCGCGGGUGCAGUGGUGGCUGCGGCGCCAGGCGGCGCUGGCGCUGGAGCGCAUGCAGGGUCCAGAUGAGCGCCUGCCCAGCCACCUCCACUCCCGGUGCCGGGCGGCGCUGUGCUCGCGCCCAGUGGCGUCGCUGGUCGAGGAGGCGAUGGACGCCGCGGCCGCGGCAGCCUCGACGCGGGUGCUCUCGGACCUGGACGCGGUGCUGGCGGCGGGAUGCCUGCACCCGCGACUGCUGCUGCUUCCCGACACACAGCCGGACCAGGGCCCCGGAGGCCUGCAGGUGGCGCCCCAGCCCAGCGCCAAGCGCCGUGUGCUGGAGGAGAUGUUGCGGCGGGCCUCCGCGCCCGCUAGCCGCGCGCAGACGCGCGCGCUGGUGGCCGCAGGCUUCCGCAGGCUCCGCACGGCCGUGGCGGGCAAGGCCGUGGGGCUCGCGCUCGUCGCGCAGGCGGCCUUCACUGGCCGCCUCAUCGACGAGGCGGCGCGCGGCGAGGGCCUCGGCGGAGGGCAGGCCGCGGCGCUGAAGGCCGAGCACGAGCGGCUGCGCGUUGCGGCCGAGCGGGCGGCAUAUCGGGCCGCGGCGCUGCGGCGGUGUCAGGGGUGGCUGCGAGGUCUCGAGGCGUAGGCGCGCACGCCGCAGGGAGCGCGCGGGCGGGUUCGCCGCGCGGCGGCUGCGCCUCGGCCGUGGCAGCGCGCGCCCGCUGGGGGUGUGGCGGCGCGCGCGGCCGGGGGCCGGCCUGCCAGGGCACAGGGCAGGCGGUCCGAAGGGCGCCAGGGCGGAGGGCGCGGGCGGGAGUCUCGUGCGUGGCGCGGGCUGAGUGCCGCGCGUGCAUCGGCACUAUCCGCCCUCAUUGCAGCCGCCGGGGCGACAGCGAGUGCCCUACGGCCUACGGCUCCGCCCCCAGGCGGCGCGCAGGGGUGCGACGCCGGGGGGAGCGCCGUGAAUUAGGCACCCAGGACGCCGGAGGGCACCAGAGCGCUGGGGCGAA